CAACAACUAAAUAUGGCAUCGACAAAUAAAGAUUUAACUGAAUGUGUUGAAACAGACAACGCAAGUCUUCUAUAUAUUAAGGAAAUUAAAGAGGAGGAAACAUGCGAGUCAUUGAGAUACGUUGCUUGCUCAGAGAAAACAUAUAAUGUGUGUUACCCACCUGAGAGGCCUCAAGUGCAGUAUACAUUAAGUUUCAGCAAUAGACAGGAUCUAGGUUUUGAGCACUAUCAAUGUUCUCAAAAUAAAAAUGACUUAGGUUCUGGGUCAGAUUCUGGUGAAGAAGAACAUAGCCCUUACGGCUCACCAGAAGCAAUUGCACCGUCAGGAAAACCAAAGGCUGUGAUAUCAAUGAGACGAAGACCUGACUGUGAUUACUAUGCGAUUGCAACAUACACUGAACAAAAACGACCUGUAGUUAUGGCAAACGAGAAUAUAAGACAGCAGGGUAGUGGACCAUAUGCAAACGAAGAAACAUGUAUUAACGGAACUCUUGCCUUAUCCGGAUCCUCUAUUGAAAAGUCAUCAAUUUUAUACGAAAGGAAUGGUUAUUGUUUGACGCCCCGUGGUGAUAUGCCAAAACAGUCAAAUGACACAGACAACAUCAACACAAAACGACUUGGACAACGCAAUCGUCGUACUACAAAAGAUAUGUUUGAGGAUGUUAGUAUUCGUCUGGCAACCUUCUUUAACAAACAGGUAGAUUGGCCACAUACAAUUCCAACUGCUGAAAUGAUGGCCAGUGUAGGUCUCAUUUUCAAAGGUGUAUAUACUGUGAACGAGACGACAGUUAAUGAUAUGGUUGAAUGCUACAAGUGUGGCGGGACGCUUUAUGGGUUCACCGAAACGGAUGAUCCCGCUGAAGAACACAGAUCGCAUUAUCCAAAUUGUAAUUGAAGAAGAUAGAAUUGCAGCAUGCUUGACAAAUAAAUUGUUGGCGGAAAGGAACAUCCAAUUUCUAAUGCUUACAAUAUCGGUUAUGUAGCUGGGAAUGCAGUACGAUUCUAUGCGUAUUAAAUGAAUGAAUUUAAACGAAAUAAAUGAAAAAGAACGGAUGGCAGUCACUUUUGUGAUUUUUUUGAAUAUAUAAUCACAUAAUAUACGAUUAAACAGUCAACAAAUAUUGUAUCAUUGGGUUAAUUAUCUGCAAGCAGCCAUGAUGUACGAUGAAAUAAUCUAGUUGCAACUAAAUUAAAAUUCAAAUACGUGUUCAAUCAGAUAUGGAUGACACAUCUCGAUAUCAAUUAUCUAAGUAAUGUAAAUGCUUGAGUGUAUAUGUUUUUACAAAUGGCACAUCGAUAUCACAAACGUUUAUUGAUCAAAACUGGUGAUACGAUUACUUUUUAACUUUGUAAUUUAUAUGCACUACCUGUAGACUGGUAUGAUACAUAAAGAAAUCUAUUUGAAAUGUAUCGGUUAGACUUUAGGUCAAAUAUGUUUGUAUACAAGCAAUACCAAGUUUCGUUUUCCUUUAAUUUAAAAAAUAGAUUACACAAAACUGUUAUGUAGCUAAUGACAUUGUUAAGGCUAAUUACUAGCCAUUUGCAUGUUUAUUGUUUAAAUCAUAAUACAAAUUCGGCAAUUUGGAACCAGCACUAUCCUAUGUAUUAAUGCAAUUAUGUGGAUGCGACAAACUAUAUAACUCAACCGCCGAAAUUAUAUUGCACCUGAGUGUAUUCUUGUACAUGUCCGAGAGAAAUUUUGGUAUUCCACCAGUUAAUGAUUAAAAAAAAUGGUUCAACAGCGUUGAUUGUG